AUGUCCACAUUAAUUCUGCUAGCGGCCAAACCAUCAAGGUUGCGCCUGGAGAAGCUAUUGUAUGAGAGUCGAACAUUUCAAACUGAGCUCCCAUCUCAACAACUUUUACUCGAUGAGCAGGUGAGACCGCUCAUAUUUCAAAAAAGAAAGAUUGACGAGAAAUUGAAGAAAUUUUCCACGCUGAAAACACUAGCCGAAGCCGAUCAGCAAUGGUUGAAUCUGAUCAAGGCGUUGUCUGGUGAACAACGCCAGGUGGAAGAAAAUCAGUAUGAAGCAGAAGCAGACAAUGAAAACGGUACUAUUUGGCUAGUGGAAAAGGAAGAAUUAUCCUCCAAUCUCCGGUGGUGGAAAGGGCCACCGUGGUUGAGUGAUGAAACGAUGUGGCCAACCUGGACCCUGAUGAAUGUGGUUCUGAAGCGGUAG